ACUUUACCAAGUGUUUAUCCAUCAGUUUUCUGACCACACGAUUGUCAAAUUGAUUUAGAUUGAUCGUUUAUGGUCAUUUUAAUGUUUAAGAAAUCGAAUAGUUACAUUUUUACCAUUACAACAGAUCCCAAUGAUCGUGAUCCUUACGGCUCGUUCGAUGUAGCCGUUAUCUACUUGAUAUUUAGUAGCAACAAUUAUUAUGAUAAGCGCCAUAUUUAUCAUAAGUUUUGGACAAAACUUUCGCGCUCAUUGUAGUUUUUCUUGGCACGCAUUCCAUUUUCUGUCGGCUAUCAGUUAUUUUUUUUUUUUUUUUGCCUCCACUUUGUCAUGCCCGGACGUCCCGGUGAUCGAUCCGAAGAACAAGCCGAUAAUCAAAAUCGUUCGCCCACUUUGACUGAUCGCCUGAAUAAAUAUUUGUUGUGCGCCUAUUUGAACCGGUUGAACGAAGAGGAUCGUGGUUGCUGCAGUGACGACCAAACAAACCGUCUAUUGGAAGUCCGAGACGACGCAGAGAAUCCAAUCGUUACCCGAUCGGAAGAAACGUUUUCUGAUUGAUGAUGGAGGAGUUCUAUGGUGACGAUUUAGACAACAUGGUGGAACGGCAUCUGGACGAGGAUAACGAUGAAAAUCCGGAACAAGAGGAGGAAAAUAAGGAAGAAAAUGAUGAAAAGAGAAUAGUCCCCGUAAAGAUUCGUGUGAAGAAACCGCAACCAAAGCUAAAUCCUGAAAGAUUGAAAGGCCCCCGUGGUUUAUCAGUGCUUCCUACGUGGUUUGAGGGUAUUCAGUUGAAAGGUAAAGGAUAUGAAUCUGAAGAUCUUAACGUUGUCAUGAAUCGCCUUGAACAAUGGACACAUAGACUGUUUCCCAGGUAUACAUUUGAUGACACUAUUGAUAAGUUGGAGAAAUUAGGCAAGAAAAAUGAAAUGAAGGUGAUAUUGAAGCGAAUUAGAUUGGAUUUGGAUGAUGGUGAUUUUGUAACACAAUCAGAGGACUAUAAUGAAGCUGAAUUACCUCCUCCUAAGGAAGAUAUAUUUGAUCGAAUUGCCAACACUCCAGAUAUAUUUCCCGUAACAUCAACUCCAACUGUUGAUCAUACUUUAAGUAACUAUGUAUAUAAAUAAAAUAUUCUGAAUGUGUAUGUUUAUUA